GACCACGUUUCGCAGUGCUCCAGCAGUAGUGUAAUCAACUCUUGAUUUUUAACAAAAAAACCUCGUAAUUGUUACUUGUCAUGUGAUUAAUAAGUGUUUCCCUCCAACAUUCAACCUCACUCGACAAAACCGACAAAUAAAAUCAUCAAAUUAUCGAGUAUUAAAUGAACUUGAGGUGAUACGUUUCUGACAGCGUGUACGCAAUGGCCGAUGACACCACCUCGCUGCCCAGGAGGCGUCAAUUGAGAGAGAGAACGAGAAAGCUGUACACAGACGACUGGACCCUGGGGGAUGAGGAGAUUGAGGGCAAAAGGACAUUUCAACUCGAUGAAAAGAUCGAGUGUGAGAGGUAUAACCUCAGUAACUUCUCAGGACUUUUCAGGGAGAUGAAUGGGCCUGAACUCAAUCUGAGUUUUCUACAGAGAUAUGGACUCAGUAUUCCUUUGCUAUUCAGGGAUAAAUCUGGUCUUGGACUCAGGGUUCCAAGCUCCAAUUUUUCAAUUAAUGAUGUCAGAACGUGUGUUGGAUCAAAGAGACUUCUGGAUGUAAUGGACGUAACCACGCAAAAAAACGAAGACAUGACGAUGAAGGAAUGGCAAAGAUACUAUGAAGACCCCAACAAGGCUCGACUCCUUAAUGUUAUCUCUCUCGAGUUCUCACACACAAAAUUAGAAAAUUACGUUCAAUCUCCCACUCUCGUUCGUCAGGUAGACUGGGUGGACACAGUAUGGCCAAGACACUUGAAGGAGUCCCAGGUGGAAGCAACAAAUCUCCUCGAAGAUAUGAUGUACCCAAAGGUUCAAAAGUACUGUCUUAUGUCAGUAAAAGGGUGUUACACAGACUUCCACGUGGACUUUGGAGGCACGAGUGUCUGGUACCAUAUCCUGAGAGGUGGAAAAAUAUUCUGGUUGAUUCCACCAACCGAGAAAAAUCUUGCACUCUACCAGGAGUGGGUUUUAAGUGGAAAACAAUCGGAUGUUUUCUUCGGAGAUAUGGUGGAUCGUUGUGGGAGGAUAAGUCUAACUGCAGGAAUGACAUUAUUCAUACCAACUGGUUGGAUUCACGCUGUGUACACUCCUCAAGAUUCUCUGGUCUUCGGAGGAAAUUUCCUCCACAGUUUUGGCAUCGAUAAGCAGCUGAAGGUGGCGCAGGUGGAGGAGCAGACAAAAGUGCCUCAGAAAUUCAGAUAUCCCUUCUUCACUGAGAUGCUGUGGUACGUUCUCGAGAGGUACGUUCAUGUGCUCCUGGGGAGGAGUCAUCUGGACAUCUCGGAGACGCAGAGGCAGCAUGUCACUCCACCAGUUCAGAUGCAUCAACACCUGACGCCUUUUGAGCUGCAUGGGCUCAAAAGCAUUGUCAUGUAUCUCCACUCGUUACCGAGUACCAAGAAGAAUGUGCCUGAAUUAAUAAGAGAUCCUGUUGCUCUGAUUCACGAUGUCAGAUGUCUUGUGGAGCAGCACAGACAUGAUAGCCCUGAGGCUGCAGUUACGGGGAAUCCAAUUCUACCCACACCUCCACCUUUGAGUAUUGUUGAGAGGGAGCGAAUGAAAGUUGGAAGAAAAACUUACACCAAACGUCCUUCUCCGAACUCCUCCGAAGUAAAACAAGAGACUAAACCUACAGUGCCACGAAGAAGAAGAACACGAUGCAAGAAGUGUGAAGCAUGCACACGACAAGAUUGCGGGGAAUGUGUUUAUUGUCAGGACAUGGUGAAAUUUGGAGGGACGGGGAGAGCAAAACAGACUUGCGGAAUGAGACAGUGUCUCAGGCCGAUGUUACCUGUCACUGCAGCCUGCAAAGUGUGUCAAUUGGAUGGUUGGGGGCAGCAUCCAGCUCCACUCAUGGGUAAACCAACACCAGUAACCCCCUCGAACCUGAUGGAAUGCUCAAUUUGCUUCGACAUAGUUCACCCAGCUUGCGUGGGAAUCGACCCCCAGCGUCUGACAAUCAACGAGGACAUCCCAAACAGCUGGGAGUGCCCCUCGUGCUGUCAAAGUGGUCGAAACGUGGACCACCGUCCUCGUCCACCGAAAAAUCGUGUCCGAAAGGUGUCAGCCUCCUCAGCAGCAUCCUCAGCUCCCACAACAGACUCCGAACGUGCCACCACUCCCAGCAAAAGAGCAAGACCAGACCCAGCAGAGACGUGGAAUGAUCGUGAGGCUGCUGAGGGUGACCAAAGAUCAGCUCUGAGAACCCAAUUGGCAGCACAAUUGACUGGAUCAAGUAACAAAUCCCUAAAACGUCCUGUCGUGGUAGUUAGACCCGUUCAAAUUCCCCCACUUCAAAUAACUGGACAGUCAUUGGCCUACGACAAGACUGCUGUGCUGGCAGUCUUCAGGUACUUAUCCCCAAAAGAUUUAGCCAGUUGUGCCGUUGUCUGUCGUACCUGGGCCAGAUACAGCAUUGAUCCCACACUCUGGAGACGAAUGGAUAUGUCCCAUGCACACUUGACAGCUUCUCACUUGACUGGAAUUGCUAGGAGACAGCCUGAGACUCUCUGCUUGGACUGGUCGAACGUUGCUAAGAGACAAUUGGCUUGGCUGCUUGGUAGACUCCCUCAGUUGAGAUCUCUCUCAUUGAAGGGAUGCACCUGGGCAGGUGUAUGUGCCCUGAGAACCUGUACGUGUCCACCUCUGGUGAGUCUGGAUCUCUCUCAUGUGUCUGGACUCAAUGACUCCAGUCUCAGGGAGGUGCUCAGUCCACCCACUGACUCGAGACCUGGACUCAUUGAUAAAACAUCCAGGUUAAAGCAUCUCAAGAACUUGUCACUCGCUGGAUGUGACAUCACUGAUGUCGCCCUGAGGUAUAUUGCUCAGCAUCUUCCACAUCUCGAGACUCUCGAUCUCAGCUCGUGUGGAAGAGUCACUGAUGCUGGUGUUGCACAAAUAUCAACUCCACCUGCAUUGGCAAUCGCUAAUCUUGUCAGUUUGAAUUUAUCCAAUUGUCGAAUGCUCACGGAGACCAGUUUAGAGCAUCUCGCCAGGUGCAAGGCAUUGAAGAGACUCGAUCUCAGGCACACCACUCAGGUUUCCACUCAGGGGGUAAUCAGGUUUGCUGCUAGAAGUAUUCAUAAUCUUCAUGUGACCGAUGUCAAGCUUGUGGAGGAAAAAAAAAUCAAGGAGAAGGGAACGUGAGGGAAUGUUGGAGGAACAGAGUGUGGCACGUGUACCUGGGGGUAUUGUAAUUGAUCGAGAAGGGCAACGGAUUUUGUCUUGGAUGAAAAAAAAAAUCAAACAAUAUCUUGACAUUUAUUCAAAUUCACUGCAUUUGGAGGUGUGUAAUAAUCUGGAAAUCUUUUUUUGUAAAGAUAGAAAUCAGAUCAAUAAUUAUUUUUACAGCUCUUGAAAUUCUCUCUUCAAAGUGCUUUCGACGUUUUUUUUUAUGAAUGAAUUGAAGCAAAUAUGGAAAUUGAAUGACGAAUAUGAGAAACUUUGUUUAAGCAUAAUUAAAAUUUGACAAGUCAUGGGGAAUUGAUAAUGUUGAUAUAGUGACGUCACGUCAAAACGUCCAUAGUCGAAAUAUGUGAUACAUCGGAAUCGUUUGUAAUUCUUCUUCAUUCGCGAGAAAAGGCUCUCAUGUUUUGUAUUUAAUUUCCGUGUUUCGUUGCUUCAUCGAAGGAGAGAAUUUCUACCAAUUCGCGUGAUCUGAAAAUUCACCGUUCAACAUCACUUCGCUGUUGUAUUUUAUUGUGUGAAAUACGCUAGAAUGUUAGUAUUCAGCUACAAUAUCUUCGAGUAUGUGAUGGAUUGAAUGGGAUUUGUGUUUUAAUUAUGGAAAUUUGGAAGGCCGAGGCGUUGUGCUUCGGGUUCUCAGGAGUUUGAUUGGAUGACGAAUCAAAUAAGUAGAUUUUUUUCUGUAAGUGAUAAGAUAUAGAAAUUAUACGCUUUUGUACAUUGCAGUGCACAAAAAUUCUGUUAUUUAUUGUAUGAUACAUCUCGUUGAUGCAAUUACAUGAUUUUUUUUAAUUGAAUUUUUUUCUACGAGAAUUGCAGGGGCAGCUUAGUGUGCAAUCCACCAAAAUCGAUCAUAAUAGGUUUCGUCAUGAAUUUAGAAGAGCCAUUUAGGGGUGUAUUAUUGACAUUGUCAGGCUUGAGUUCAAGUUCAUUUUUGUCUUCCCACUUACCCGUGGUUUUCUAUUUUUUUUUUGUUUUUUUAUUGCAGUGGAGAAUUAAUAGAACGAUUUUCCUCAGACAGAAAAUUCGAUGAUAAUAAUAGAAUCCCAGGAAUAUUCUAGGCUUCAAGAGAAAUCAAACGAUUUCAUUUCUUGAAGUAAAUUGAUGAAGAAAAUACUCGGAUCUUUCGACUGAAAUAAAUUUUUAUCGAGCGAAAUUUUUUCUAUCAUUUCUCUACUCGAUUUUUAGAACAGAAUCGGACCCUUGAUCUCACACGUACGAGAAAUUCUCCGAAUUUUAUUUUAUUUUUUAUAAAUUCGAAUAUUCGACAAUUGGGGUCUUACAUUGAAUUAUGAGAGAAUUCCACGUGGUAUAAUCGAUUAUGUGUAAUUAUAAUUAUUUAGAGUAAUGUCAAUCAACUGUCUGUAUAAAGCAGGAGACACUAAGCAUGCGCGAGGUAAAUUUUAUUUUUAAAAUUUUUCAAAUCAAACUCGUGCAGGAAUAUUUGUACAUUUAGUUUUACAGACGAAUACGUAGCCCAUAUUUGAAUUAAUAGUACGUAAGGUGAAUAAAGAAAAAGUUG